CGGGGACGUGCGGAGCUGCCGCGGGGCUGCCGCGCAGCGGGAGCGGGAAACGGGGCAGCGGCAGGUAGGUGAAUGGAUCUUCAGAAGCAGAAUUGCUAAAACUGGCAGAGAAUGGCCUAUAGAAGAGAUGAAAUGUGGUCCGAAGGGCGAUACGACUAUGAAAGAGUUCCAAGAGAACGUCUCCCUCCUAGGAUUCAUGGUGAUGGUGAUUACCACAGAAUAGUGAACAUUGUGCCCAAGAAGCCAGGCCUGCUGGAGAGACCUGGGGACGGGAGUUACGGUCGCUACGACGAUUACGGUCACGCUGAGUACAGAGACUACAACACGGGCCGCAGUUUCGCCCACGACCGAAGGAGUGGCCCUCCACACCGAGGUGUACGUAAGGAUGAAUCAGGAUACAGAUGGUCAAGGGAUGAUCACUCUACAAGACCUGAAUACAGGGACGUCAGAGAUGGCUUCAGAAGAAGAAGCUUCUAUUCUUCUCAUUAUGGGAGAGAUCGAUCCCCUCACAAGAGGGACUCUCCUUUCUUCAGGGAAUCGCCGGGGAGCCGGAGGGAUUCUCCGCACAGCAGAUCUGGCUCCAGUGUCAGCAGCAGGAGCUACUCUCCUGAAAGAAGCAAAGCCUAUCCUUUCCACCAGCACAGCAGAAAUAUGUCAUCUUUACAUAAAAGAAAUGUCUCUUCCCAGCAAGGUAAAGAGAGGACAGUUCAGUCACUGAAAACAUCAAGAGAUGCAUCACCAUCAGGGUCCACAGCAGUACCUCCAUCAAAGGCCUUGGAGAAGAGCAACAGACUAUCAGAAAAGGAACUUGCAGAAGCUGCAAGCAAGUGGGCAGCUGAAAAGGCAGCAGAGAAGGCCGAGGAAAGCAAUUUACCUGAAAUAACAGAGUAUGAUGCUGGAUCUUCAGCUCCAUUAUACAUUGAGCAAACAGAGGAAACAGAGGCAAAUCUAACAGACAGUACAGAAUUAUACGAGGACAGCCAGCUUCUAGGUCGUUCAAAAGCAAUUGCAACUAAGACAAAGGAGAUUGAACAGGUCUACAGACAAGACUGUGAAACCUUUGGCAUGGUAGUGAAGAUGCUAAUUGAUAAAGAUCCAUCUUUAGAGAAGUCCAUUCAGUUUGCCCUGAGGCAGAAUUUGCAUGAGAUAGGUGAGCGAUGCAUUGAAGAACUCAAACAUUUCAUUGCUCAGUACGAUGCUGCCAACCAAGAUGUGUCAGAGCCCUUCAAAGAGGGUUCAUACUAAGGACAAAAAUAUGCUUUUACAGCCUCUGCAUUGUGUCUGCCAUAGUACAUAAAUCUGCUUUUUGUGAGGAAAGAGGAACUUUUGUUGGAGGUUUGAACGCAAGGCCUGUGCUCCUUUCCAGUAGCUCAGGUGGCUGUUCCUUUGUCCACUGUGGUCUCCACGAUUGUAUUCAUCCUACCUGUUCUUGUUGACAUAUAUUCCUUUGAAAGGAUGUUCUUUUCAAAAAUGCUGUAAAGCAACGAACUGGUUUUGAAACCUUACACAGUUACCUUGGAAAAAAAUGAUCAGUCUGUACACUUACGUUUUGAUGCUUACAGAUGUAAUUGAAGCAUUGUAUUUUUUAUUAAAAUUACAUGAAGCU